AUGAUUCCAGUGUUCACAGUUUCGAAGGCACCAAUUGUUACAAGUACGACACUCACCGUCAUGGUACUUCGUUUACCCAGUUUCCAAGAGAAGAACUUGUAUUCAAAUUCUUUCUUCAAACCGUGUUCUGCUGAAACGGUCACAUCUACUAUCAGACAGCUCUUCUUUUCCCGCCUCCUUGCUUCGAUCGGUGGUGAUGGCGCGAUUGAAGCGGACAUGACAAUUUUGUCCAUUGCACUAUCUAUCUAUCUAUCUAUCUAUCUAUCUAUCUAUCUAUCUAUCUAUCUAUCUAUCAAUUCCAGUCUUUAUCUCUCCCCACCUUCUCUCUCUCUCUCUCUCUCUCUCUCUCUCUCUCAUUCUCCUCUCUUUCUGAUCGUAAUUGACAAUCACAACAGCAAGUUCCUUUGUCUCUCCCGUUCUUCUCUCUCUACUCGCCAAUCUAUCACAUUAUUUGAUUUCCAUUGUGUUCCUUACUCACUUCACAAGGCAGACAGAUAUACAUCACUGCUUAAAUACUUAAAAUCUAUCCAUCUGUCUGAGUCAACCUUAUCAAAUCUAUCAGUCUCAGUACUUGUGUCCGUCUGUCUAUCUUUUAUCGCUGCAAUUAUUAGCUCCAUCUUUCACUUUUCUAUCUGUCUCCCAUUAUUCUCACUAACUUUUCAUAUUGUGAUUUUUUUAAUUUUUCUUUCCUUUAUCUUCUUCUUCUUUUUCUCCUAUUCACCGCUAUCUGCUUCUUCUUCUUUUACCUUACUUCUCCUUUAUCUUCUUCCUAUUUUACCUUCCUUCUCCUUUAUCUUCUUCCGCUUUUACCUUCCCCUCCUUCUGCUUUAUCUUCCUUCUCCUUUAUCUUCUUUUUUACCUUCCUUCUCCUUUACCUUCUUCCUCUUUCCUUUACCUUCCUUUCUCCUUUAUUCUUCCUCUUUUACCUUCCUUCUCCUUUAUCCUUCCUUCUCCUUUAUCUUCUUCCUUUUUACCUUCCUUCUCCUUUAUCUUCUUCCUCUUUUACCUUCCUUCUCCUUUACCUUCCUUUUUACCUUCCUUCUCCUUUAUCUUCUUCCUCUUUUACCUUCCUUCUCCUUUAUCUUCUUCCUUUUUACCUUCCUUCUCCUUUAUCUUCUUCCUCUUUUACCUUCCUUCUCCUUUAUCUUCUUCCUCUUUUUACCUUCCUUCUCCUUUAUCUUCUUCUCUUUUACCUUCCUUCUCCUUUAUCUUCUUCCUUCUUUUACCUUCUUCUUCUCCUUUAUCUUCUUCCUCUUUUACCUUCUUUUAUCUUCUUAUCUUCUUCCUCUUUUACCGUCCUUCUCCUUUCUCUUCUUCCUCUUUUACCUUCCUUCUCCUUUAUCUUCUUCCUUUUUUACCUUCCUUCUCCUUUAUCUUCUUCCUCUUUUACCUUCCUUCUCCUUUAUCUUCUUCCCUUCCUUCCUUCUCCUUUAUCUUCUUCCUCUUUUAACUUCCUUCUCCUUUAUCUUCUUCCUCUUUUACCUUCCUUCUCCUUUUCUUCUUCCCUUUUACUUCCUUUUUACCUUCUUCCUCCUUUAUCUUCUUCUUUUUUACCCUCCUUCUCCUUUAUCUUCUUCCUCUUUUACCUUCCUUCUCCUUUAUCUUCUUCCGCUUUUACCUUCCUUCUCCUUUAUCUUCUUCCUUUUUACCUUCCUUCUCCUUUAUCUUCUUCCUUUUUACCUUCCUUCUCCUUUAUCUUCUUCCUCUUUUACCUUCCUUCUCCUUUAUCUUCUUCCUCUUUUUACCUUCCUUCUCCUUUUCCUCUUUUUACCCUCCUUCUUUUAUCUUCUUCCUCUUUUACCUUCCUUCUCCUUUUCUUCUUCUUUUUACCUUCCUUCUCCUUUAUCUUCUUCUUCUUUUACCUUCCUUCUCCUUUAUCUUCUUCCGCUUUUACCUUCCUUUCCUUUACCUUCCUUCUUCCUUCUCCUUUAUCUUCUUCCUCUUUUACCUUCCUUCUCCUUUAUCUUCUUCCUCUUUUACCUUCCUUCUCCUUUAUCUUCUUCCUCUUUUACCUUCCUUCUCCUUUAUCUUCUUCCUCUUUUACCUUCCUUCUCCUUUAUCUUCUUCCUCUUUUACCUUCCUUCUCCUUUAUCUUCUUCCUCUUUUUACCUUCCUUCUCCUUUAUCUUCUUCCUCUUUUACCUUCCUUCUCCUUUAUCUUCUUCCCUUUUACCUUCCUCCUUUAUCUUCUCUUCCUUCUUUUUUUACCUUCCUUCUCCUUUUUCUUCCUUUUUUCUUCCUUCUCCUUUACCUUCUUCCUUUUUUACCUUCCUUCUCCUUUAUCUUCUUCCUCUUUUACCUUCCUUCUCCUUUAUCUUCUUCCUAUUUUAACUUCCUUCUCCUUUAUCUUCUUCCGCUUUUACCUUCCGUGGCCUUUACCUUCUUCCUCUUUUACCUUCCUUCUCCUUUAUCUUCUUUUACCUCUUUUUUAUCUUCCUUCUCCUUUAUAUUCCUUCCUUUAUCUUUUUUACCUUCCUUCUCCUUUAUCUUCUUCCUCUUUUACCUUCCUUCUCCUUUAUCUUCUUCCUCUUUUACCUUCCUUCUCCUUUAUCUUCUUCCUCUUUUACCUUCCUUCUCCUUUAUCUUCUUCCUCUUUUACCUUCCUUCUCCUUUAUCUUCUUCCGCUUUUACCUUCCUUCUCCUUUAUCUUCUUCCUCUUUUACCUUCCUUCUCCUUUAUCUUCUUCCUCUUUUACCUUCCUUCUCCUUUAUCUUCUUCCUCUUUUACCCUCCUUCUCCUUUAUCCUUCCUUUUUUUACCUUCCUUCUCCUUUAUCUUCUUCCUCUUUUACCUUCCUUCUCCUUUAUCUUCUUCCUUUUACCUUCCUUCUCCUUUUAUCUUCUUCCUCUUUUAUCCUUUAUCUUCUUCCUUUCUCCUUUAUCUUCUUCCUUUUUACUUCCUUCUCCUUUAUCUUCUUCCUCUUUUACCCUCCUUCUCCUUUAUCUUCUUCCUCUUUUGCCUUCCUUCUCCUUUAUCUUCUUCCUCUUUUACCUUCCUUCUCCUUUAUCUUCUUCCUCUUUUACCUUCCUUCUCCUUUAUCUUCUUCCUUUUUUUACCUUCCUUCUCCUUUAUCUUCUUCCUCUUUUCCUUCUCCUUUCUUCUUCCUCUUUUUACCUUUAUCUUCUUCUUCUCUUUUACCUUCCUUCUCCUUUAUCUUCUUCCUCUUUUACCUUCCCUUUAUCUUCUUCCUUUUUACCUUCCUUCUCCUUUAUCUUCUUCCUUUUUACCUUCCUUCUCCUUUAUCUUCUUCCUCUUUUACCUUCCUUCUCCUUUAUCUUCUUCCUUUUUACCUUCCUUCUCCUUUAUCUUCUUCCUUUUUUCCCUUCCUUCUUCCUUUAUCUUCUUCCUCUUUUACCUUCCUUCUCCUUUAUCUUCUUCCUCUUUUACCUUCCUUCUCCUUUAUCUUCUUCCUCUUUUUUACCUUCCUUCUCCUUUAUCUUCUUCCUCUUUUACCUUCCUUCUCUUUAUCUUCUUCCUCUUUUUACCUUCCUUCUCCUUUAUCUUCUUCCUCUUUUACCUUCCUUCUCCUUUUCUUCCUCUUUUAUCCUUCUCCUCCUUCUUUUUUUUUCCUUCCUUCUCCUUUAUCUUCUUCCGCUUUUACCUUCCUUCUCCUUUAUCUUCUUCCUUUUUACCUUCCUUCUCCUUUAUCUUCUUCCUCUUUUACCUUCCUUCUCCUUUAUCUUCUUCCUUUUUUUUCCUUCUCCUUUAUCUUCUUCCUUUUUACCUUCCUUCUCCUUUAUCUUCUUCCUCUUUUACCUUCCUUCUCCUUUUCUUCUUCUUUUUACCUUCUUUUUUAUCUUCUUCCCUCUUCUUCCUUCUUUUAUCUUCUUCUCCUUUUACCUUCUUUCUUUUUUCUUCCUUUUUCUUCUCCCUUUAUCUUCUUCCUCUUUUACCUUCCUUCUCCUUUAUCUUCUUCCUUUUUCCUUCCUUCUCCUUUUUCUUCUUCCUUUUUUACCUUCCUUCUCCUUUAUCUUCUUCCUCUUUUACCUUCCUUCUCCUUUAUCUUCUUCCUCUUUUACCUUUCUCCUCUCUUCCUCUUUUAUCUUCUUUUAUCCUCUUUUUACCUUCCUUCUCCUUUAUCUUCUUCCUCUUUUACCUUCCUUCUCCUUUAUCUUCUUCCUCUUUUACCUUCCUUCUCCUUUAUCUUCUUCCUCUUUUACCUUCCUUCUCCUUUCUUCCUUUUUACCUUCCUUCUCCUUUAUCUUCUUCCUCUUUUACCUUCCUUCUCCUUUAUCUUCUUCCUCUUUUUACCUUCCUUCUCCUUUAUCUUCUUCCUCUUCCUUCUCCUUUAUCUUCUUCCCUCUUUUGCCUUCCUUCUCCUUUAUCUUCUUCCUCUUUUACCUUCCUUCUCCUUUAUCUUCUUCCUUUCCUUCUCCUUCUUCUUCCUUUUUACCUUCUUCUCCUUUUUCCUCUUUACCUUCCUUCCUUUAUCUUCUUCCUUUUUUACUUCCUUUUAUCUUCUUCCCUUUUUUACCUUCCUUCUCCUUUAUCUUCUUCCGCUUUUACCUUCCUUCUUUUUAUCUUCUUUCUUUUACCUUUUCUCUUUUCUUCUUCUCUUUUACCUUCCUUCUCCUUUAUCUUCUUCCUCUUUUACCUUCCUUCUCCUUUAUCUUCUUCCUUUUACCUUCCUUCUCCUUUAUCUUCUUCCUCUUUUACCUUCCUUCUCCUUUCUUCUUCUUCCUCCUUUAUCUUCUUCUUUUACCUUCCUUUUACCUUCUUCUCCUUUAUCUUCUUCCUUCUUUUUUACCUUCCUUCUCCUUUAUCUUCUUCCUCUUUUUCCUUCUCCUUUACUUCUUCCUUUUUACCUUCCUUCUCCUUUAUCUUCUUCCUCUUUUACCUUCCUUCUCCUUUAUCUUCUUCCUUUUUACCUUCCUUCUCCUUUUCCCUUCUUCCUUCUUUUAUCUUCUUCUCCUUUUUUCUUCCCUUUUACCUUCCUUCUCCUUUAUCUUCUUCCUUUUUACCUUCCUUCUUCUUCUUCCUUUUACCUUCCUUCUCCUUUAUCUUCUUCCUCCUUUUUCUCCUUUAUCUUCUUCCUCUUUUACCUUCCUUCUCCUUUAUCUUCCUUCUUUUAUCUUCUUCCUUUUUACCUUCCUUCCUUUAUCUUCUUCCUCUUUUACCUUCCUUCUCCUUUAUCUUCUUCCUUUUUACCUUCUUUUAUCUUCUUCCUCUUUUACCUUCCUUCUCCUUUAUCUUCUUCCUCUUUUACCUUCCUUCUCCUUUAUCUUCUUCCUCUUUUACCUUCCUUCUCCUUUAUCUUCUUCCUCUUUACCUUCCUUCUCCUUUAUCUUCUUCCUUUUUACCUUCCUUCUCCUUUAUCUUCUUCCUCUUUUACCUUCCUUCUCCUUUAUCUUCUUCCUCUUUUACCUUCCUUCUCCUUUAUCUUCUUCUUUUUAUUCCUUCUCCUUUAUCUUCUUCCUUUUUACCCUUCCUUCUCCUUUAUCUUCUUCCUCUUUUUACCUUCCUUCUCCUUUAUCUUCUUCCUCCCUUCCCUUCUCCUUUAUCUUCUUCCUCUUUUACCUUCUUCUCCUUUAUCUUCUUCCUUUUUUACCUUCCUUCUCCUUUAUCUUCUUCCUCUUUUACCUUCCUUCCUUUAUCUUCUUCGCUUUUACCUCUUCUCCUUUAUCUUCUUCCCUUUUACCUUCCUUCUUCCUCUUUUUACCUUCCUUCUCCUUUAUCUUCUUCCUUUUACCUUCCUUCUCCUUUAUCUUCUUCCUUUUUACCUUCCUUCUCCUUUAUCUUCUUCCUCUUUUACCUUCCUUCUCCUUUAUCUUCUUCCUCUUUUUAUCCUUCUCCUUUAUCUUCUUUUUUUUUACCCUUCUCCUCCUUCUUCCCUUUUUACCUUCUUCCUCUUUUUCCUCUUUUACCCUCCUUCUCCUUUAUCUUCUUCCUUCCUUUUUUUACCUUCCUUCUCCUUUAUCUUCUUCCUCUUUUUACCUUCCUUCUCCUUUAUCUUCUUCCUUUUACCUUCCUUCUCCUUUAUCCUUCCCUUCCUUCUCUUUAUCCUUUAUCUUCUUCUCCUUUUUUCUUCCCUUCCUUUCUCCUUAUCUUCUUCCUCUUUUACCUUCUUCUCCUUUUUUCUUCUUCUUUUCUCUUUUCUUCUUCUUCUUUUUACCUUCCUUCUCCUUUAUUCUUCCUUUUUACCUUCCUUUCCUUUAUCUUCUUCCUUUUUCCUUCCUUCUCCUUUAUCUUCUUCCUUCUUUUUUAUCUUCUUCCUUUUACUCCUUUUAUCUUCCUUCCUUCUCCUUUAUCUUCUUCCUUUUUUACCUUCCUUCUCCUUUAUCUUCUUCCUCUUUUUUACCUUCCUUCUCCUUUAUCUUCUUUUACCUUCCUUCUUUUAUCUUCUUCUUUUUACCUUCCUUCUCCUUUAUCUUCUUCCUUUUUACCUUCCUUCUCCUUUAUCUUCUUCCUCUUUUACCUUCCUUGGCCUUUACCUUCUUCCUCUUUUACCCUCCUUCUCCUUUAUCUUCUACCUCUUUUACCUUCCUUCUCCUUUAUCUUCUUCCUCUUUUACCCUCCUUCUCCUUUACCUUCUUCCCUUUAUCCAACAUACUGUCUGUGACCAAGCGAUGCUAAGUAGUAUAUUUCCAUUAGCUAUUGCUACUGUGUUUCACUCUUAUCUUGUUUCACGGGGUGCUUCAGAAUUGGAAUCGAAAUGCUCCGUCCAUUAUCUAUCUAUCUAUCUGUAUAAUAUUGUACUAUUCACGACUCUCUUUCUAAUUCUUUUCUGUGUUGUACUGUGUGACAAUUUACCACCUUGCAUAUUAAUAAAAUUAUGCACCUCUUGA